UUCAUCAGAGUCUGUCUGUUCUUCGCACGAGUAAUCAAUUAUAAUGGGUCGCCAUUCCUGUUGUGUAAAGCAAAAACUGAGAAAGGGUCUGUGGUCCCCUGAAGAAGAUGAGAAGCUCUUCAAUUACAUUACCAGAUAUGGCGUUGGCUGCUGGAGUUCUAUUCCCAAACUCGCUGGGUUGCAAAGAUGCGGAAAGAGUUGUAGGUUGAGAUGGAUUAAUUAUCUGAGGCCUGAUUUGAAGAGAGGCAUGUUUUCUCAACAAGAAGAAGAUCUCAUACUCAGCCUUCACGAAGUUCUUGGCAACAGGUGGGCUCAGAUUGCAGCACAGUUACCAGGAAGAACAGAUAAUGAGAUAAAGAACUUUUGGAAUUCAAGUCUGAAGAAGAAGCUGCUGAAGCAAGGGAUUGACCCAACCACACACAAGCCUCUAAUUAUUUCAGAACCUCAUCAUCAAUCGUCAAUCAAGGAGGAGAACAAAGGUCUCACAGAUUCAGAGACAGUACUAUUGCCAUCUAUACAGAUUCCAUUCUCAGUCGUCUCAGCUCCAACAACAUCCUUGGGCUUCUCAUCAUCAUCACAAGGAUCAUCAGUACUUGCAGGAAGUGAUUCCAACCAGUUUGAUCAGAAUAAUAGUGGUUAUGACCCAUUGGCCUUAUUGGAGUUCCAAAUGGCUGGUUUAAACCAAUCCUCUUCUGGGUUCGGAUCAUUCAAUAUGUCCUCAAUAAUGCCAGGUCUGAUCACAAAUUCCAUGGCAGAGUUCUCAUCAGAAAACAAUUCGGGUUCGAGAAUCAGUUCAAGCAAUAGCUUGAGCAGCUAUAUUCAAGGAGGAGGGUGUCAUCAGAUAAGUAACAGUUUAGCGAUGGAUCCAUUGUUGUAUCAGUUUCAUGAAGCGAAUGGUAUAAAGAACGAAGAAGAUUAUCAGUUGAUGAAGACGACGACGACGACAGGGUCGUCGUGGGAAGAAGAUGGCCAGCUUCUGAAUCAAACCUCCAUAGAUUUCACCGCCAACUAUCCGUUAACGUCACUUUCAGAAGAUCUAACGCCCGCGAAUUUGAUGCUUUCCACACCAUAUGCAGGUCCAGGUGAAGAGAGUGGAUCCAAAGUCUAA